GUCAUUAGUUGUUGGUUAGUAUCAAACGUUUGAAUGUCAAUUAUUUUCUUUUUUUCUCUCGGUUCCUUUUCGCCUAUACACCGUAUAUAAUUUGAUACUGUUUUGUCACUUUUGAUGGCGGACCCAUCGCUCCUAACCGACGAUGCAGUCGCCGCCCGCCUCAUCCAAGAAGCAGAGCAUUCGCUGCGCUUCUCCUCGUAUGGGAUGGACUCGAGCGGCCCAAGACCCGAAAACAAGCCAAAACCAAACACGCGCUUCCUGCGCAACAUAAUCCGCACCACCGAGAACCACAAUGCAGCCCUGCUCGCCAAAGAGGCCGCCGAGUCUCAGGCCCGGUUACAAGAGCUUAGUGACGCCGAAGAGAAGACACGGCAGCGCCGAAGGCCGGAUCCGAAGGAGAUACGCAGGCGGCAGAUGGGUGAUAUCUCAGCCAUUCUGCUCGGCGGGAAACGGAAGCGCGAUGGCGAUGAGGGCUCGUCGAGGGAGAGGAGACAUGGAGACGAGAGGAGGUCAGAUGAGCACAGGUCUUCAAAGAGCCAUCGGAGCUCAGACAAGACUACCGAGGACCGGGAGAGGUACAAGCGGAGGUCACGCGCCACAGACAAGACAGCCGAUGAGGAGGAAUGCCGACAUAGGGAGCGCAGGAGAGAUCGCGAUCGCAAGUCCCGUCGCGACGACAGCCCGCGGAGCAGUAAUAAGAGGGAUAGGGAAUCUCGUACCGACAGGGAAAUGACACGGCAUAGAAGGUCACAAUCACCAGAGAGCAGCGAGAGGCGGCAUCGUCGGUCGAGGAGGGAUCGAUCACCCAUAAGGAGCCCCAGAGACGACAGGAGUCGCAGGAAAACCACAUCCAGCAAGAGAAAUGACGAUAGCGAGCAUGAAGGAGAUUAUUCAGACCCACUGGACGAUGAGAUCGGUCCCGCCCCACCACCACCCACCAAAGCCCGUGGCCGUGGCGCCGUAUCACAGGAAUCCGGCAUCGAUGCUCGCUUCUCCAAGUCCUAUGAUCCUGCAUCCGACAUGCGGCAUGAGCCAGCAGAAGGAGAGGAAUGGGACGACGCUGUAGAGGCGUUCAGGGAUCGUCAAAAGUGGAAGGCACAGGGUGCAGACCGGCUCCGUGCGGCGGGGUUCACGGAUGAUCAAAUCAAGAAGUGGGAAAAAAGUGAGAAAACAUUAGUCGCAGGCGCUGACGCCGAUGUCAACAUUGAAGAUGUGCGAUGGGCGAAGAAAGGUGAGCAGAGGGAGUGGGAUUUGGGUAAGAAGGUUAACAAGGACGGAACAGUGUCGCAUGGGCCUGAGUGGGCGACUUAAUACAGGAAUAUGAAUAUGGUCACUAGAAACUCAACACUUAUAGACGGAUGCAUCACCUGAACAAUCUGUAGCUCUUACGACCAAUGAUGAAACAUAACUGCAGGUAUUUUCAAGUCAGGAAAGCAAAA